AUGUCGUCAACUACUCACCAGGCACUCCACAGCGCGCAGAGCGCACUGAAUUCGAACGACCCAUUACCUGUGAAGACCGAGGAGAUUACCGCAGAAUGGUGCUCUAAAAUCAUAGGACAAAAAGUCAAAUCUGUUGCAAUUGUAAAGGAAAUCCACUCGACAUCAAGCAAAAUCCUUAUCGACCUGGUUUACGAAGAUGAUGUAAACACCACCGAUGUACCGACUCAGGCUUGUGUCAAGGGAGGCUUCAACGCCCCUAUGAUAGCUCUUCACCCUGGCCUAUCCUGGACAUAUCGCCGAGAGGCCGAGUUUUAUUACCAUCUCCGCCCUAUCCUCACCAUGGACCUACCGAAAGUCUGGUACUGUGGUACCGACAAAGCUAGUGGACAAGGCCUUGUUGUCAUGGCUAACCUGGCUACUGAAGGCUGUGAGUUUGGCGAGCCAUUGAAGCCAUGGCCAGUCGACAGAGUCCGCGCUGCGGUUGAGCAGCUCGCAGCAUUACACUCAGAGACAUGGGGUGCUUCUGAGGAGCGAUUCCCCUGGCUUUCCGGGGACAAGGCUAUGGGUGGGAGCCCACUUCAGGGGAUGAUUCUCUCUUUGAUUAGCCCAGCAGCAUGGGACUUACGAUUCAAUGCUUCUGCGCCUCCGCCCUUGCCGAAAGCUGUGGCGAAUCGGGAGCGAUUGGAGAGAGCCUUCAAGACCAUGUGGGCAACAGAAAAUCCGAAGCUUAAAUGCAUUGUCCAUGGCGACUCACACAUCGGAAAUACUUUCAUCAGGCCUGAUGGCCAACCUGGAUUCAUUGACUGGCAGGCACCUUACGCGGGUGUCAACUUACAUGAUGUGUCGUACUUCAUUACUGGUGUCAUGACUAUCGAAGAGCGUCGAAAGCAUGAGACCGACCUGAUCAAGCACUAUCUAAAGGUACUUCACGAAGGGGGUGGCCCCAAGUUCGAUUUGGAAGAUAUAUGGGAUGACUACAGGAAGCACACGUUGCAUGGGUUAGCGUGGGCACUCACGGGGCCAGGGAUGCAGCCAGACGAAAAUGUUUUCGCUAUGACGGAACGUCACUCGGCAGCAGUGGAAGAUCACAAAACAUUGGAGUUGUUGGAGUCGCUCCCUGAGUAUGUAAAAGAGUAG